GUGGAUUUAACGGCAGAGACAGAAGCAUCACUCCAGUCGGGGAACUUACAAGUCAUUUUCAUACAGAAAUACGUCUAGUAACGAAGGAAAAGCUAAAAUCAUGUGUGGGAUCUUUGCCUACCUGAAUUACCGAGUGCCUCGCACCAGAAAGGAGAUAUUUGAUACGCUGGUGAAGGGACUGCAGAGACUGGAGUACAGAGGGUACGAUUCAGCAGGUAUUGCUGUGGAUGGCCCUAAGAAGACAGAUUCUGACAUAAACAACAACAACACCAUCUGCUUAAUCAAGAAGAAGGGGAAGGUCAAGGCUCUGGAUGAGGAGCUUUACACUUGUUCAGAGAAAAACUCCUUGGACCUGGACGAGAAGCUGUGCACACACUUUGGCCUUGCUCACACUCGCUGGGCCACACAUGGAGAGCCGAGCGCUCUCAACAGCCACCCUCAUCGCUCUGACAAAGAUAACGAGUUUGUUGUCAUCCACAAUGGCAUCAUCACCAACUACAAAGAGCUGAAAGCGUACCUGAUCACCAAAGGAUAUGAGUUUGAGUCAGAGACGGACACAGAGGUGAUUCCAAAAUUGAUCAAAUACGUUUACGACAACCGAGAGAAUGACAGCAUCACCUUCUCCACCCUGGUAGAGCGAGUUAUUCAGCAGCUGGAGGGGGCCUUCGCGCUGGUGUUUAAAAGCCGUCAUUUCCCUGGAGAGGCUGUGUCCACCAGGAGAGGAAGUCCACUGCUCAUUGGUGUGCGAAGCGAGCAUGAGCUGUUGACCGAAAACAUCCCCGUCCAGUACAACAACGCUCACCUUAAGGAGGGAGUCCAGGAGAAGAACAGCCAUAAUCGUCCUGACUGCUCCAGCGCCAUCAACUCUGUGGGGGAUGGCAGGGCAGUGGAGUAUUACUUUGCCUCUGACGCCAGUGCCAUCAUUGAGCACACCAACAAGGUGUUGUACCUGGAGGAUGAUGACGUGGCAGUGGUGACUGCUGGGAAACUCUCCAUUCACAGGGUGAACCGGCAGGCUGGUGAGGACCCAGAGAGGUUAAUCCAGACCCUGCAGAUGGAGCUGCAGCAGAUCAUGAAAGGUAACUUUGAUGCCUUCAUGCAGAAGGAGAUCUUCGAGCAGCCGGAAUCAGUAGUGAACACUAUGAGAGGACGGAUAUGUUUUGACACCAACGCAGUGGUUCUUGGUGGGCUGAAGGACCACCUGAAAGAAAUCAAACGUUGCAGACGGCUACUUGUGAUUGGCUGCGGCACUAGCUUCCAUGCUGGAGUUGCUACCAGACAGAUCCUGGAGGAGCUGACGGAGCUGUCCGUCAUGGUGGAGCUGGCAAGCGACUUCCUGGAUCGCAACACACCUGUUUUCAGAGAUGAUGUUUGCUUCUUCAUCAGCCAGUCAGGAGAGACAGCAGACACCUUGAUGGCACUACGCUACUGCAAGAGCCAGGGGGCUCUGACAGUUGGUAUAACCAACACUGUGGGUAGCUCCAUUUGCAGAGAAACAGAGUGCGGAGUCCACAUUAAUGCUGGGCCUGAAAUAGGAGUGGCUAGCACCAAGGCCUACACCAGUCAGUUUGUGGCUCUUACCAUGUUUGGCCUGAUGAUGAGUGAGGACAGGCUCUCCCUACAGCAGAGAAGACUGGAGAUCAUCAACGGCCUCAGAGUGCUACCUGAAUUGAUAAAGAAGGUGUUGUCCCUGGAUAAGAAGAUCAAGGCCAUUGCCAAUGAACUGUACCAGCAAAGGUCUCUUCUGGUCAUGGGUCGAGGUUUCCACUACGCCACCUGCCUAGAGGGGGCACUGAAAAUCAAGGAAAUCACCUAUAUGCACUCUGAGGGCAUCUUGGCUGGGGAGCUGAAGCACGGUCCCCUGGCUCUCAUAGACAAAGACAUGCCAGUCAUCAUGAUCAUCAUGAAAGACUCCUGCUACACCAAGUGCCAGAAUGCUCUCCAACAAGUCACUGCCAGAUCGGGUCGGCCCAUCAUCCUUUGUUGCCAGGACGAUCCCGAGAUGAAACAGAAUGCCUACCACACUCUUGAGCUUCCGCAAACUGUAGACUGUCUGCAGGGCAUCCUAACCGUCAUCCCCCUGCAGCUCCUGUCCUUCCACUUGGCCGUCCUGAGAGGAUAUGACGUUGACUUUCCGAGAAACUUGGCCAAAUCUGUGACGGUGGAAUAAUUACAAGUCAUGCAGCGCAGGAAAGAGUGAAGGAAGCUCAUAGAUUUACAGUGCAAUUGAACGUUCAGUAUGUUUGAGUUUGUGUGUGCGCGUGUGUGUGCAGCAAGAUAGGGGUGAAGUCGGGCACCUUGAAUGUGUGUACGUAUGUAUGUAAAUGAGUGUGUGUGUAAGUGAGAUUGAGAAAACGUGACAGAAGAAACGGAUUAGUAAACGGUACAGUGACUUUUUAAGAAAAAAAGAGUAAUGUGAAGUCCAACCAAAACACUGCUGAGGAAGUGCCAGUGCCAUUUAGGCCUUGCGAAACAAUCUAUGAAAACAAGAUUCACACAUCUAAAGCAACCAGCAUGCUGUGACUUUUUCUUAACCCGAGAUGAGCCAAAAACACAUACAACAGAAGAGAGCAGCAGAAAAGCAUUGAUAUGGUGUAUUGAAGUGUUUACAGUUGUGCAAUAUGGGGACCAAAUGUGCAUUAUGAAUGUACACAAUGAGUUAGGUGAUUUAUUCUCUUUCUGUUUUAUGAAUUUCUUAUGUCUACUGGGGGCCUCUUACUUACCUCUCUUUGCAUAAUGGGAAAUGUAGAGGGUUCCAGAGGGUUCUCUGGAUUUUGAAAAUCUCAUAAAAAAAAAAUAAAAAAAAUCUUUGCUGCACAUUCAUGCCAUUGGUGUGCCUGGUGGGUGAUAAGCCCAUAACUUUGAUGCCAAUUUACUAACUAAUUAGCAGAAACUACCGAAGGAAGUUCCUCAAUCUGACUUUCAUAUUAUUACUUGAUUCUUUUAUUAUGUUUCUGCUCCAUUUUAUUGUUAUUUCAUUUUAAUUUAAGACAUAUUGUCUGUAUUUUUAAGAUAAUUCCAAAGUCCAUUCAUGGUAGAACAUGAACAAUUUUCUCCUGGUGUUCUUUAUACCAAUUCCUGUCAUAGGAUGGAGCAUUUUUACAGACAUACAUGAGAAUUAUUUAAAGAGCAUUUAUGCAGCCAAAAAAUAUUAAAUAAUAAUAAUAAUAUUGUA